AUGACAACAACUUAUGGAACAAUCUCAGAAGAACUUGAUGUAUCAACACAUUCAAGCUUAGUAUUCUUUGCGCAUUCGAAAGAGCGAGUUCAAUCGGGUUUAGGCACAAGACCAUGGAAGGAAAUGGUUCAAUCCUCUCGUCACAUGAACCUUCCUCGUUCAAUGCUUUUAGCAAUCCAAAGGGUCAACACAAACGCAAAGCAUUUUCGUGCAAACUACGUGAUAAUCAUAUUGUUUGUGCUUUUUCUUAGCUUAUUGGGACACCCCAUCUCACUGAUCAUACUAGUUUUCAUGAUGAUUGCAUGGUUGUUCUUGUAUUUCCUUCGAGACACACCUUUGGUGAUUCUAAGGUACGAGGUUGAUGAGAGGUUUGUUGUGAUCUGUUUGUUUUCGGUUACAGUUGGUUUGCUUGUUCUGACGAAUGUGACAUACAAUGUGCUUGUUGGAAUGUGUGUUGCUCUAUCUCUUGUUUUGCUUCAUACUUUGGUGAGAGACACAGAGGAUUUGUUCACAAUGGAUGAAGAGGUAGGGAUUGUAACAGCUACAAAACAAGGUGUUAAAGUUCCUCUAAGACAAGCUGCUUCCUCUUCUUUUACUUCAUCAUAG